AGUUUGACUUCGUUCAAGUUCAACCAUUUGUUAGUUACAAAUGGUGGAUGACAAUCAGUUUUGAGUCAUGUGGAGUAACACAAAUAUUAUAUCUAUGUGAAUUAUACAUAUAAAAACAUACAUAAAGAAAAUAUUUCUAAAUUUCCCUAUAUUUAAACCAAAAGGAAAGAGGAUAAACAGAAAAACAAAUAAAACUUCAGAUAAAGAGCGAUUACUUGCCAGAAUUGGCCGUGUCGGUUUCGUUGUAAUAGUAUAUUCACAAUUUGUUAUUAUUUUAGUCAAGUUUUUGAAUAAAGGUCAAGAUAAUUGAAUUGUAAUAAAAUUGUGAAAAUGGAGGUGGAUUAUAGCAGCAACUGCGAUACAAAAAUUCCAGAUUGUAAAAAACUAGCACGUGAAGGAAAGCUACAUGAUGCUUUGGAUCAAUUAUUGACAUUGGAAAAAUUAACACGAACAAGUGCAGAUAUGAAAUCCACAUCAAGAAUCCUUGUGGCUAUUGUUCAAAUUUGUUUAGAAGCAAAGAACUGGGCACUUCUAAAUGAACAUAUAGUUCUGUUAUCCAAAAGACGUUCUCAGUUAAAACGAGCUGUUACAAAAAUGGUUCAAGAAUGUUGCACCUAUGUAGAUAAAAUGCCUGAUAAAGAGACUAAAAUUAAAUUAAUAGAAACAUUGCGUGCUGUAACUGAGGGAAAGAUAUAUGUAGAAGUUGAAAGAGCAAGGCUUACUCAUCGCUUGGCAAAGAUCAAAGAAGAAGAUGGAGACAUCUCGGGUGCAGCAGCUGUUAUGCUGGAAUUACAGGUUGAAACAUAUGGUAGUAUGUCACGUUUGGAGAAAGCAUCUCUUAUCCUAGAGCAAAUGCGAUUAUGUUUAGCAAAAAAAGAUUUUAUGCGUACUCAAAUAAUCGCAAAAAAAAUUAAUGUUAAAUUCUUUAGUGAUGAAAAUGAUGAAGAAACGCAGACUCUUAAAUUGAAAUAUUAUGAUCUAAUGAUGGAAUUGGCCCGACAUGAAGGUUGGCAUUUAGAAUUAUGUAGACAUAAUAGAGCGGUGUUGGAAACUCCAGCUGUCAGAGAUGAUCCUGAAAAAAGACAUGCCGCUCUUUCACGUGCUGUUCUUUAUCUUGUACUUGCACCACAUGAACCAGAACAAGCCGAUUUGACCCACAGGCUGCUUACUGAUAAACUUCUAGACGAAAUACCAACAUACAAAGAACUACUGCGUCUUUUUGUAAAUCCAGAACUAAUAAAAUGGUCCGGAUUGUGUGAAAUUUAUGAAAGAGACCUUGAAACGACAGAAGUUUUUAGUAUAUGGACUGAAGAAGGUCGUAAACGAUGGGCUGAUCUCCGAAAUCGCGUUGUUGAACAUAAUAUUAGAAUUAUGGCAAAAUAUUAUACAAAAAUUACACUAACUCGCAUGGCAGAAUUAUUGGAUUUACCGAUUGAAGAAACGGAAGCAUGUCUAUGCAGUUUAGUAGAGACUGGCGUGAUAAGUGCUCGCACAGAUCGCCCAGCCGGGGUAGUUCGUUUCACAGGAACCCAAGAACCAGCCGCUCUUUUGGAUGCCUGGGCUGCAUCUUUAUCAAAACUAAUGAGUCUUGUCAAUCACACAACUCAUCUUAUUCACCAAGAAGAAAUGUUGGCUGUAGCUCAAUCCUGAAAGAUAAAUUUCUUCUUUCUCUUUUUCCUUUAUCUUCUAUCUUUUUUGUCUCCUCUCUUUAUACUAUAAUCUCUUUUUUUCAAAUUUCGUCUUUACUAAAUCCUUUUACAAAAAUAAUUAUAGUUAUUAAACUAUUUUGAAAAUACUGCACAUAACUAAUUAUAUACUUUGUAUGCGCAACGUAAAGAAAACAUUUAGCGAUCUCUCUCUGAUCUGUUUUUAACGCGUAUACUAGAUCAUAAAAUAAACAUUAUGCGAAAUAUGAAA